UUCCGCUUCUGCCGGAAGUGGCGGGCGGGACCAUCCGAGGACUGCGGAGGGCGAGGUGACCCCGGGGCCACCGCCGCGAUGGGCCGCGAGUUCGGGCACCUGACGCGCAUGCGCCAUGUCAUCUCCUACAGCCUGUCGCCCUUCGAGCAGCGCGCCUUCCCCCACUACGUGAGCAAGGGCAUCCCCAACGUGUUGCGCCGCACGCAGGCGUCCAUCCUCCGCGUGGCGCCGCCAUUUAUAGCUUUUUACCUCGUCUACACCUGGGGGACCCAGGAGUUUGAAAAGUCCAAGAGGAAGAAUCCAGCCGACUAUGAAAAUGACUCCUGAACAGCUCAUGAAGAACGAGGCGCCCCUCAGCUCUAAAGGCCCUCUCUGGGAGAGGAGUCUGCGGUAGUGUCUUGAAGAUUCAAUAAAUUAAAAAUGGGCUA